AUGGCAGGGACAGGAGCCAGGGAUCCUUCGCAUGGUCAUUUCCAUGCCACUCAGUCUGCCACCUUCGCGACGGCAUUUCUCAGCGUGACCAACAUAGUUUUUGCAUAUGCCGGUCAUGUAGCUUUCUUCAGUUUCAUCUCCGAGAUGAAGAGUCCACACGACUUUCCCCAGGCUUUGGUCUUGUUGCAGGUUACCGAUACGAGCAUGUAUUUGCUGGUCGCAAUGGUGGUUUAUGCUUAUGGUGGAGAUCAGGUCGACUCACCAGCCUUGGGAUCCGCUGGGACACUGGCCGGAAAAGUCGCUUGGGGCUUGGCCAUUCCGACGAUUAUCAUGGCCGGUGUCAUUUAUGCCCACGUCGCUUCCAAGUAUGUCUAUGUGCGCCUCUUCCGAGGAACGAAGCACAGGUCCAAGAGGACAAUCCUUGCCGUGGGCAGCUGGCUCGCUAUCACACUGACAGCGUGGGUGAUAGCGUGGAUCAUUGCCGAGUCCAUCCCUAACUUCAACAAUCUACUGGCUCUGAUUUCGAGUCUGUUCGCCUCCUGGUUCACUUAUGGGAUUUCAGGCAUAUUCUGGCUGUUCCUCAACUAUGGCCAAUAUACUCGAAACUGGAGAAAGAUGGCCCUGACUGUGGUCAACGUCUUGCUGUUCGGCAUGGGUGCUGGCAUCUGCGGAAUGGGCCUGUAUGCCAGCGGCUACGCCAUCAGUAACGAGCCAGGCGGGAAUAGCUGGACAUGCAAGAACAAUGCACAGUGA